AUGGACAUGGAAGUUAGAGAUCUUUCAGAAGAAGAAACGUGGGUAUUGGAAGAAACGAAGAUAAGGCUUAGACAAUUGGAAGAUUUUCAUCAGAGGGAUCUCAAACAGAAAUCGAGAAGUAAUUGGGCGAAGUACGGGGACGAUAAUACGCGGUAUUUUCAUGGGUGUAUUAAUAAAAGGAGAGCUGCGAACCAUCUACCGGGUCUUAUGUUAAGGGGUAUUUGGGAAACUAUACUGACGCUGAUCAAAAGAGAGGUUCUUAGAUUUUUUCGAAACAAAUUAAGAGAAUCGUUAAGUGUCAGGCCAUAUUUGUGUGGUCACGGUUUCAAGAAGCUGAGUGAUGAGGAUGCGGAGGGUCUAGUGCGUGUUAUUUCGCUACAGGAAAUUAAUGAAGCGCAUUUUCAUCAGUUUGGUAGGUUGAGUAUGGGGGUUGGGUCUUCUUAUAUCACUUUGAUUCCGAAAAAGGGGGAUCCUUCGGUAUUAGGUGAUUUUCGACUAAUUAACCUCAUUGGGAUUAUCAGUAAGGUGGUGUCGAAGGUCUUGGCGAAUAGAUUAAAGUUGGUCAUCGGGAAGUUAGUUUUGGAAUCUCAGACGGCUUUUCUAUCAGGCAGGUAUAUCUUGGAUGGUCCUCUCAUGGUAAAUGGGGUUUUAUCUUGGGCGAGAAGGAGUGGAAAAGAGAUGUUUAUGUUUAAAAUAGACUUUGAUAAAACGUAUGAUAAUGUUAAUUGGGAAUUCUUGAUAGCGGUCAUGGAUCAUAUGGGGUUUCCUCCAGUUGGGUGCAAUUGGAUACAUGGUGUGUUGAUGUCGGCUAGAUCUUCAGUUUGGUUAACGGGUAUCCUACUUUCGAGUUUGGUUGCGAGAAAGGGAUUCGUCAUGGCGACCCUAUAUCGCCAUUUUUGUUCAUAUUGGCGAUGGAGGCUUUUUCCGGCUUAA